UCAUAUAUAAAACUGCAACUUGUAACCAUUUUGAUUCACCUUAACAAUCAACUCACUUGCCAAAUACUUAAAUUGUUAAGUUUAAUUCAGUUAAAUUAACUGUGUUUAAAUAUUUAUAUAUAAAAAUAGACAAUUAUUUUCUACGAAAAUUGUUUUUUUUUCUCGUUUUAAUUGUUUUCUUCUUGUGCCUGAUUUACAAUUUACUCAACACUCACAAUUGACUUACUGAUAUUAAUACUUUGGUCUCAAUCUAAUUUUUAUUAUCAAUCAAUCAACUAACUUUUUUUUUACCUUUAUUAUAUUUUCUUGUGUGAUUAUUGUUAAUUAUCAUCUACAACAACGACAAUCAAUCAACUAUUUACGAAAUGGAGGAAAUGAGGAAAAUUAGUUCAUGUUCACUUCACUCAUCUGAUCAUAAUUACUCCCAAGAAUCAAUUCUCUAUGCUCUUAAUCGUUUCAUUAAAUCAGUUGGUAAUAUGAAUAAUAGUGUUCUAGUGCCAAGUAAAUUGCACGAUAUUGAUGAUGAUCAACUUGAUUCUAAAUCGGUUAUGUCACUUUCAUCGGACGAUGGGUCAACUUCCUCUCUUGGUAAUUCAUCUACCGGAAGUGGGACUCUCCAUGAUCAAUAUCGUAUGAUUAUCGAGGCCAAGGAGGAUAUUCUUUGGGGAACCAAUUUAAGGCAACCAGAACCUUCCGAAGCAUCAAUUAGUUUACAAUUUAAAUACCAUUUACAACAAUUACAACAAUUACUCAAUCAAUUUGCCGAUGUUGCCAAUCAUUUGACCGCUAAAUAUGAAUCUACUUCAGUUUAAAUUGUUAACAAUUUAUAAAUGAUAAUUUAACCAUCUAAAUGUAAUACAUUCAAUUUCAAAGUGAUCAGUUAUUAUUUUUUUUUGCUUCUCUCUCAAUGGAUUCCGGUAAAACCGAUUAACCAAAUUAACAACAAUCAAUUUAAAUUACCAAGCUGAAAAAAAAUGAAAAAUCAAUUGUUUACAAUCAAUAGGAACAAUUAACUUUUGUUAACUAUCUAAUUUGUAAUGAUUAUUUAUUGUAAAUCUAUUGUAAUCAAAAUCUUAAUUGUUGUUUUGUUUUUGCUCAUUAAUUGUCUUGAUUGUUAAUUUAAUGUUAAUUUGAUUA